UAGAGAGAGGGAGAGAGAGAGAGAGAGGGAGACUGACUCGCUCACAUACACACACACACACAUACACACUGUUAAAGCGAGCUCAGGAGUGAAAAACACAGCGCGCACCGGGUCCAGGGGGGGGGUCUGUGUUGUGAUGAAGAUGGCCGACGCUAAGCAGAAACGGAACGAGCAGCUAAAGCGCUGGCUGGGAUCAGAGACCGACCUGGAGCCGCCGGUGCUGAGGAAGAAGAAGACGAAGGUGAAGUUCGACGACGGCGCCGUGUUCCUGGCCGCCUGCUCCAGCGGAGACACCGAGGAGGUGCUGCGGCUCCUCGACCGAGGCGCGGACAUCAACUACGCCAAUGUGGACGGCCUCACCGCCCUGCACCAGGCCUGCAUUGACGAUAACGUUGACAUGGUGACCUUCCUGGUGGAGCAUGGCGCCUGCAUCAACCAGCCAGAUAAUGAAGGCUGGAUUCCCCUCCAUGCCGCUGCCUCCUGUGGCUACAUGGACAUCGCAGAGUACCUGAUCAGUCAGGGAGCAAAUGUCGGCAUGGUGAACAGUGAAGGCGAGACACCACUGGAUAUUGCAGAGGAAGAGGCCAUGGAGGAGCUUCUGCAAAAUGAAAUCAACCGGCAAGGAGUGGACAUCGAAGCGGCCAGGAAGGAGGAGGAGCGGAUUAUGCUGCGGGACGCCAGGCAGUGGCUCAACAGCGGCCAGAUCAACGACGUCCGACACGCCAAAUCCGGAGGAACUGCACUGCAUGUUGCUGCCGCAAAGGGCUACGCGGAGGUUUUAAAGCUUUUAAUCCAGGCAGGGUAUGAUGUAAAUAUUAAAGAUUAUGAUGGCUGGACGCCGCUCCAUGCUGCUGCUCACUGGGGUAAAGAAGAAGCCUGUAGGAUUCUGGUGGAGAACAUGUGCGACAUGGACAUCGUCAACAAAGUGGGUCAAACAGCGUUUGAUGUAGCUGAUGAAGAUGUCUUGGGCUAUUUAGAAGAGCUGCAAAAGAAACAGAAUCUGCUUAUGAGUGAAAAGAAGGACGUUAAGAAGUCUCCGUUAAUAGAAACUACGACCACUGGGGACAAUAAUCAAUCUGUGAAACCAGUCAAGAGCAAAGAGACUCUUUUACUAGAGCCAGAGAAGAACGCUCCACGUAUAGAGACGCUGGAGCCAGAAAAGGUGGAUGAAGAAGAGGAAGGAAAGAAGGAUGAGUCCAGCUGCUCUAGUGAGGAAGAGGAGGAGGAAGAUUCCGAGUCUGAGAACGAAGCAGACAAGACCAAGUCAUCUGCUCCAGUCAGUAAUUCCACCUCUAACAGCACAGCACCCACCCCAGUCCCCACUCCCACAAGCAUCACUGUCUCAUCCCCCACCAGCCCCACCAACCAGGUGACAACCCCCACCUCACCUGUCAAAAAGUCUGAUAUUAUUACUGCCCUUAUUCCUGUGGGGGAAGCUGCCUGUCCUGCAUUGUGGCGUCAAGGCUUGCGAAAAACUGGCAUUUCUCUUGUGCCCAAAAAAGCGAUGGUGAGUGUACCUGUUGGUAAGGUGUCCCAGGUGUCCCCUAAAGAGGAGGAGCGUAAAGACGAGUCUCCGGCCUCCUGGAGGCUGGGCCUGAGGAAGACGGGCAGCUAUGGAGCUCUGGCGGAGAUCAGUGCUGCUAAAGAGGCUCAGAAAGACAAGGAUACAGCCGGAGUGAUGCGGUCAGCUUCAUCGCCCCGCCUGUCAUCCUCGCUGGACAACAAGGACAAGGAUAAGGAGAAAGAAAAAACUCGUUUGGCGUACGUCGCUCCCACCAUCCCCCGGAGACUCGCGAGCACAUCGGACAUGGACGAGAAGGAGAACAGGGAUUCAGCAGCUAGUCUGGUGCGCAGUGGUUCGUACACACGGAGGCGCUGGGACGAGGAGCUGAAGAACAGCGAUGGAACCGCUUUGCAGAACAGAACAUCCAGCUACCAGCGCAGCACGUCACACACUCUAACCCUCGGCCGCAGCGGCAGCUCCCGCGACCUUCCAGCCAAGUCGUCCUCCGCUUCCAGCCUGGAGCCUAACAGCACUAAAGCCUGGCAAUCCCCGCACUCCUCCUACAGCCAGGCUUACAGCAUACACCGCAGCGGCUCGUUUGGGCGCAGGCAGGAUGAUGCUGUGAGUUCUACAGCCUCCAGCUCCUCCGUUACCACGACAACAAGCACCACCUCCUCUAUUACCUCACCUACAGGUCAACGCAGGUAUUGGUCGGAGGACAGUGCAGAGAAGGAGAAAGAGUCAGCGACUGUAAUUCCGACCAUCAACACUGCAGCCACCACCACUACCACCUCCACCUCCACUACUGGCACUAUACUGGGCUCAGAUGGCCGCGAGAGACGCAGAUCGUACCUCACUCCUGUGCGUGAUGAGGAGUCGGAGUCUCAGAGGAAAGCUCGAUCUCGACAGGCCCGACAGUCCAGGAGAUCCACUCAGGGUGUGACCCUGACUGACCUCCAGGAAGCGGAGAAGACGAUCGGCCGCAGUCGCCCCACGCGGUCCAGAGAGGAGGAGAAGCAGGACAAGGAGAAACAGGAUAAGGAGAAACAGGAGGCUGAGACAAAAGAGGUCGAAACAAAGGAGGCAGAAACGAAGGAAGAUGAUUAUAGGUCUCGCUAUCGGGCUUUUGAGGAGCGGUACCGAACUUCUUCCCUGAGCUCCUCCACCACCACGGCCUCCACGCUGCCCUCGUCCUCCAGCAGCUCUUCGUCCCUCUACACCUCCUCUUCUUCCUUGCUGAACCGGCCCAACAGCCUGAGUGGCAUCAGCUCCACCUACAGCCGCUCUGGCUUAGCCCGCGACACUGAGAAAGAGGUGGAUAAGAAAGAGGCAGAGAAGGAAGCAGAGGAUAAAACUCAGCCUCGCUCCAUACGGGAUCGCAGACGACCCCGAGAGAAAAGGCGCUCUACUGGAGUUUCCUUCUGGACCCAAGAUAGUGAUGAAAAUGAUCCGGAACAGCAGUCGGACUCAGAGGAAGGAAGCACUAAAGGAGAACCUCAGAGUGACCGACUGUCCAGAAACGAUACAGUGCCCAGUAGUACAUCUUAUACCGACCGCUACGAGCACCUGGAUAGCCGCGGCUACCGAGAGGGCCGUCGGCCGUACUCACGACUGGACAGAGAUGAUACCACUGACUAUAAGAAGCUUUAUGAACAGGUCCUAGCUGAAAAUGAGAAGCUGAAGGCUCAGUUACGUGACACAGAUCUGGAGCUAGCAGAUCUGAAGCUACAGCUGGAGAAAGCCACACAGAGACAGGAACGCUUUGCUGAUAGGUCACAGCUGGAGAUGGAGAAAAGGGAAAGAAGAGCUCUAGAAAGGAAGAUUUCUGAGAUGGAGGAGGAACUUAAGAGUCUGCCUGAGGUAAAGCAGGUGCAGUCUCUGCGGGGGUAUAAUGAGCGUUUGCAGGCGGAGAACAGGGCGCUGGCCCGAGUGCUCUACAGACUCACUCUCGCUCAGAGCUGCGGCCAGCCGCCCUCCGCUGACCUCUAAACCCCCAGCACACUCACACAUACCCUCAGACCCGCCCUCACACACAGACGCUACCAGACUUGAAAGCUGACAACCAGAGACUGAAGGAUGAGAACGGUGCUUUGAUUCGAGUCAUUAGCAAGCUUUCCAAAUAGAACAGCGCCUCUCUUCCCCCAGUGGCAGCGUCUGGUAUUACACCCCCCCUAGAUUAUUAAUUACAGCAGACAUCAGCAACGAGAUGGCUCCUUCUUCCUGGUCACUGUACCCCAUUUCCUUUUUCUCUUUCUCUUUAUCCCUCUGUCUUUCUUUCCCCACCAUCACUCGCUCCUCUCCUCUCCAUCUGCAUCACUUCAUCCCACCCGCUCUUCUGUGCACGCUCGCAGCGCCAGAGUUUACAUUUACAUCGCUGAGAGAAAACGAGAGACGCUGACGGCACAGAUGCAUUGUUGGCCUGGAUAAAAAAAAAGCCUCCAGAACUAUUUAACCAGUAAAGCCUUAGCUGUACAUAAAAUAAAAACAACAAAAAAAUCACAGAACACUUUUUUUCUUUCUUUAUUUUUUCCUCGUUUUCUCUUGGCUUUCACAGAAGAGCAGUUACACCUCAUUUUAUUUUUAUUUGUGCCACAUGCUAGCUUUUUCUAAUUUUUUUAUUAGUCUUUUUUGUGCAUAGAAAUGUUAUGCAGCUCAUUCUCUUUCUUUUUUUCCCCGUCUUUCUCGCUCUCUCGCGCUCUCUCUCUCUCUCUCGCUCUCUCUCUCUAUCCUCCAAUCAUCUCUUUCCAUGCUGUAAGUCCCGCCCCCUUUUUCUGAUUUGGCGGCACUGUUUCUCAGCAGUGGACUUCUCAGCAUUCAUCAGUGUUGGCACGCGCACACACCCUGACCUUUUCCCCUGCUCCUGCACAUACUCACACACCCUGACGACCCCCGCCCCCCCCCCACGCCCCCUUUUUUUGGAUCAGGUGGAAUCUUAAGCUUUCACUGAAUGUGCAAUACGCGUCUUAUUCUUCAUUAAAUAAUAAAAUGCUUUAAAAGAUCAGUCCAUCUCACAUAGAAAAUGUUCACUUCUCUUUUUCCAUCGCUCACCCUCCUCGCUUCCUGUCACUUUUUCCUCCCCUCUUCCUUCUCUUUCUCUUCCUCUUCCUUCCCCCUACAACCCCAAAUUUCUCCUCUUUAAGUUUGUAGUGUAGUCGAUGGUUUAUAUUCCUCACGUUGUUUUUAGCAGGUACUGAGUGAAGCUGUAUAUACCUGUAUGUAUUGUUUGAGACAAGCACAUGGCAUGCUUUCUGUCUGUUACUGUUGAAAUAUUACCAACUCCAGAGGAUGAAACGAAACUGAAAAAAGGUGUGUUUUAACUAUUUUCUUCUUUUAUAGUCUGAAAACAUCGAAUAAACAGUAGCGCCUCCCUAUGAAAAUAAGGGAACAGCUUACAAGGUGUUCAGCGCAUUCUUUCAAGUUUUAAAGAAAUAUUCACGGUAAUUGUGACAUAAGAAUAAUAUAAUUCACUACUUUUCACACGCGUUGUAUUCCGUAUAUUUGAAAGAGUGCUGUUUUUUUUUCUUUCUUUCUACCCUGCCCCCCCGCUGUUAGUAUUAGCCGAGGUGUUGUCACUAAGGAUAUGCCUAGGUAUCGCUAACCCAGCCCCUUUUUUUUAAUUUUUAUUUUAUUUUUACAUUGUCUACAUGCACUGUCGAUGAUGCCAUGCCAGGAGUCUCGCUGUCCAU